AUGUUGCGAUUUGGGGAGCGGACUUUGCAGAGGCUUAGCCGCCGCAGCGCCGCGAAAGCAGUCCGUGGGCUGAUCGUGGCUUCAAGGCCCAAAGCCACGUUGGCCACAACGCACCAGGCCAUUCCGACGUUGCCACCACGGGUCAUCGCAGCUUCGCGCAGCAACUGGGAAGAAUGGAUGGUCAACCUGCGCGGCGAGGACGUUUGGCUGGCCGGCCCUCGUGACCUCUCCUGGUAUACCGGCCAGCCGCCUGUGCCAGGGCUAUGCCCUGGAGUGUCGCCGGAUGGCGCCAUUCGGGCAUUGCCCAUGCCCAAUCUGAACAAGCUCACCCGGAAGCAAGUGCAGGAGUACUUCGACAACUCCUGGACAAUGGUCGAGGUGCUUUUCGCUGGCUUUCAUGGCGAGGAACCCUUCUACCGUCCUCCGGUGCAUGGCUUGCGGCAUCCGCAAAUCUUUUACUACGGACACACUCCCUGCGUGUACAUCAACAAGCUGCGGGUGGCUGGCGUGCUGAAGGAUGCAGUGGACCCGUACAUGGAGUCGAUCAUGGAGGUUGGAGUCGACGAGAUGCUUUGGGAUGAUAUGCACAAGAAUGACAUGGUCUGGCCGACUGUGAAAGAGGUCCAAGAGUAUCGGAAGAAGGUCUACAAAAUCGUGAGUGAGGUCAUUGCGACUCAUCCCGAUCUCGAGGAUAACAACGGCACUACACCGGUGAAGAUCACCUGGGAUCACCCUUUGUGGUCCAUCUUCAUGGGCGUGGAGCACGAAGCCAUCCACGUCGAGACCAGCUCCGUCCUCUUCCGGGAGACCCCCAGCCACCUGAUGCAGGUCCCAGCUUCCUGGCCGGGGCUGCACCCCUCGAGCCUCCAGUCGGCCCAAAGCCUCCGGCCGGAGGUGGGUCGGGACUUUCCGCAGAAUGAGAUGCUGAGUGUGACCGGCGAGACCGUAAAGCUGGGAAAGCCACGGGACUUCCCCACCUAUGGCUGGGACAACGAGUAUGGCGAUCGCAGCGUGCAGGUGCCCGACUUCAAGGCCAGCAAGUACAUGAUCACGAAUGGUGAGUUCUGGCACUUCGUGACGUCCGGCGGCUACCGUACUGAGAAGUACUGGUCAGAGGACGGAUGGAACUGGCGCAAAUACCGGAACAUGAAGUGGCCUUUCUUCUGGGUCCAAGAUGGGCCACAGGGAUCGAUGCAGUUCAAGCUUCGGACUAUCUUCCAGGAGAUUGAUAUGGUCUGGAGUUGGCCUGUUGAUGUCAACUACCAUGAGGCUCGAGCAUACUGCGCAUGGAAGUCGGAGCAGGACGGGCUGGCUGGCAGCCCUCAGGCGUACCGAGUGAUCACAGAGGCCGAGCACCAUUUGAUUCGCCAUCCCGAGGCGCGUCCUGAGAACAUGGCCUCCAGGACCUACGAUCGGGCGAUGCACGCAGGCGGCGCAGAGUACGCGUCUAGCAGCUCAGAGGCGGCCAACGCCAACUUGGCCUAUGCUUCGCAGUCUCCUGUCGAUGCGCUUCCGGCAUCCCCCACUGGCCACCACGACGCCAUGGGUAACGCUUGGGAGUGGACAGAAGACCAUUUCAAUCCUCUGGAUGGCUUCAAGGUUCAUUAUACCUACGACGACUUCUCCGCGCCGUGCUUCGACGGACGACAUCACAUGAUCAUGGGCGGGAGCUUCGUUAGCAAGUCCGACAAUGGUGCCUCCGGGUUCUGUCGAUAUCACUUCCGGCCUCAUUUCCUUCAGCACUCCGGCUUCCGGCUGGUUUCGUCAUGGUCGCCUCCUCCGGCCACGAGACUGGACGCCCCCUUCAUGCAGGGCGCCGACAACGAGCAGGCUCCUCCAGCCUCCUCCGCCGCCGCGGGGACCGGCGCAGCGGUAGCCGGCUCUGGGGGCUAUGAGACGCAACGGCUGGUGGAUCAAUACCUCGGGCUCCACUUCCCAGCCUCAGGACUUGGCUCUGUUGACCCGAUCCUGGGUCACCCGUCCGCUCCCGAGCAUGCGUUGCGCUUCCCACAGCGCGUUGCCAAGAUGCUGGCGGAGGCCGCUGUGACUGGAAGAGGAGGCAACCUCAGGGCCUUAGACAUUGGCUGUGCAGUGGGUGGAUCCUCCUUCGAACUUGCAGCCAGUGGGUUCAACGAGGUCUUGGGCGUCGACUUCAGCAGUGCCUUCAUCAACGCGGCAAACAGGAUGAAGGCUGGUGAGGAGAUUCGCUUCAAGCUGCCCAUAGAAGGAGAGCUGGAGACUGAAAUCACGGCAGUGCACGAAGCCAACGUGGAUGCGGAAGUGCGACAGCGGGUGACUUUCCGCACGGGCGACGCCUGCAGGCUGAAGGACGAGGUCGCGGAGCUAGGCCGAUUCGAUGGUGCCUUGCUGGCCAAUCUGCUCUGCCGGCUGCCAGAUCCCGUAGCAUGCUUGGAUGGGCUCAGUGUCCUUCUUCGCCCAGGAGCAGCAGCGGUCAUCCUCACGCCUUUCUCCUGGCUUGAGGACUUCACUCCCAAGCAAAAGUGGCUUGGCGGUUUCAUGGAUCCUAUCACGCAGACGCAGGUGCGGUCGAAGGAUCAACUUCAGAAGCUCAUGGAAGAGCGUGGCUUCGCGAAGAUCGGCGAGCAGCAGGUGCCACUCCUCAUCCGCGAGCACCAGCGGAAGUACCAGUACAUCGUGUCGGAAGCCACCAUUUGGCGCAGGAAGUAA